AUGGAAGCCAUGGUCUAUUUAAGGAACUAUGGCUACCUACACAUCCCACUGGACCGUAGUAAGAGCCAAAUGUAUCAGACUGAAGAAAUCACAAAGGCACUGAGAACAUUCCAGAAGGCAACUAACUUGGCCAUCUCAGGAACGUUCAAUGAGGCCACAUUGGAAAUGAUGAAACGACCUCGGUGUGGUAUUGAGGACUCCUUCAAUGACAAAAUCCUCAAAUAUCGAGUCAUGGGUUCUACUUGGCGUAAGAAGAUUCUGACCUACCGCAUCUAUAACUACACCCCAGACUUGGGCCUGGCAAAAACACGUGCGGCCCUCAAGACUGCGUUUAGGUACUGGAGAGAGGUGUCAACCUUGAGUUUCCAGGAGGUGCUGUUUCCAGGAAGAGCAGACAUCAAGAUCUCGUUUCAUAAGAAGGAUAGAUCUUGUCCGGUGCCCUUCGAUGGACCAGGGGGAGUGCUUGCCCACGCAGAUAACCCUGAAUCAGGCAUUGUGCAUUUUGACGAAGACGAGCAGUGGACAGAGGGUACGACCUCUGGCCGUAACCUGAGGAUUGUAGCAGCCCAUGAGAUUGGUCACGCCCUUGGCCUGGGUCACUCUCAGAACCACAAGGCUCUGAUGGGACCUGUCUACUCUGGUUACCGUGCCAACUUCAAACUACAUCCUGAUGACAUUCAUGGAAUCCAAGCUCUCUAUGGUGGGGGAUGGAUCAUAAUUUAUUUGAUUGAGUUAAGACAGACAGAGUAUGUGAUCAAUAUCUAA